UUGACACUGUUGGAGGAGUGGAUGUAAGUUAGGUGAAACGAUUUCAGACAAAGUUGUUUUCGGUGUCUGACAGUACCAUGUCAGUAUGUAUAGCUGCUUUUUGACGGUGGAGAGGCAGCGUUUCCACGAUGGCGGUUACCGCGGCACAGGCGUUUCCAUGACGGCUAAACUGAAAACUUAGGUAGCAAACUUUGAGCAAGGAGCUGGAAUCUUGUCCCAGACUUCCCCCUGUUAUCACUACAGAAACUAACGCCACCAUGGCACACACUACUUCUUUUUCGACAUGGGCAUUUGCAUUAAGUUUAUGCUUCAGCGUGUCCGAGUGUUACUUUUCCAUACCACUCAAAAUAUACACAGGGAAAUACAAUUUAUCCUCGGAUGUGGAUUUGACUCCUCUCCGGCGAGUCGCGUUAACGUCUGAUGCUAACGGCCUCUCUUUGGCCUCUGAUCCGACUGGGACAGUGAGCUUCCUGGACAUGGUGAACAACUUAGAAGGGGACUCUGGAAGAGGCUACUACAUAGAACUGUCCAUUGGUACACCUGGCCAAAAGCUAAACAUCCUGGUGGAUACAGGCAGCAGCAACUUUGCCGUGGCUGCUGCUCCACACCCAUUCAUUACUCACUACUUCAACACAGAACUCUCCAGUACUUACGAGUCAGUCGGCCGGACAGUGGCUGUUAGGUACACCCAGGGUAACUGGGAAGGUGAACUGGGCAUUGAUCGUGUUUCCAUCCCCAAAGGCCCAAAUGGGACCAUCAUCACCAACAUAGCUGCCAUCCUGUCAUCUGACGGCUUCUUCCUUCCUGGGAUCAACUGGCAGGGAAUCCUGGGACUGGCCUAUCCCAUGUUGGCACGGCCCGACAUGUCUGUGGAGCCCUUCUUCAAUUCUUUGGUGCAACAAAUGGGAAUUCCUGACAUCUUUUCCCUCCAGAUGUGUGGCGCUGGACUGUCAGCCAGCAGCACAGCAGACCCAGCGGGAGGCAGUCUUAUCAUGGGAGGGGUUGAACCAACGUUGUACCGGGGGUCAGUGUGGUACACCCCUAUAGUAGAGGAGUGGUACUACCAAGUGGAGAUUUUGAAGUUGGAGGUUGGAGACCAGAAUCUGGAACUGGACUGCAGAGAGUAUAACAUGGAUAAAGCUAUAGUUGACAGUGGGACGACACUGCUGCGUCUUCCUGUCAACGUCUUCAAUGCGGUGGUAGAAGCCAUCAAACACAGCUCUCUGAUCCAGGAUUUUUCUUCAGGGUUCUGGGAUGGCACAAAGCUUGCAUGCUGGAUGAAGGGAGAGACCCCCUGGAAGUUUUUCCCCAAGCUGUCCAUCUACCUAAGGGCCACAAACAACAGCCAGUCCUUCCGCAUCACCAUCCUGCCUCAGCUGUAUAUCCAGCUAAUCGCAGACGUGGAUGGCACGUUAGACUGCUUCCGUUUUGGAGUGUCUUCAUCAGCUAACGGCCUGGUGAUCGGCGCCACUGUUAUGGAAGGCUUCUACGUGAUGUUCGACCGCGCUCAACAGAGACUGGGCUUCGCACUCAGCAGCUGUGCCGUGAGCGGUGAAGUGGCUCUGUCAGAGAUCGCAGGGCCCUUCUCGGCAGCAGACGUGGCGUCCAACUGCUCGGGCGGGACGGUGAAGGAGCCUUUUAUGUGGGUGAUCGCCUACUCCCUGAUGGCAGUCUGUGCCUUGGUGCUCAUCAUCCUGUUUCUUCUGCUGGUCCUACCCUGCCGAAGCAGAGACAGCUCCGGGGAGAUUACCGACGAGUCCUCGCUGGUCCGGCACCGCAUCAAGUGACUGAGAGGAAAUGGGCAGGCGGACAGGGUGAACGGGCAGGGGGACAGCGAGGACAGCCCAUCCGCAGCAGUGGAGAAAGGGGUGAGGCUCGGCCUGCACCGAACAGUGACACUCGGCUCUGAAUGUCUGACUGACUCUAGACUGUACUCAUCAGGUUGCCCCACAGAGGUAGACGCAGACAGAUAAACUGCCUCUUGAAGGGAAAAUCCCGCCUGAAGACACAUCUUAAAAACAGCUGUUGGUGAAGCAUUCAUGGUGCCAAUGUCUUGUUUGUUGACAUAUCUUUCUUAUUCUCAAAUAAUUGGUUAUAUCAUCAGACGAACAGGUGCACUUUCUCCACUGAGUGUAGCUUUAAAUGUUUAUAAUGCCAUGUGGCUACAGGGCAGUUUUUAGUCCUGAUUUACCUUUUCUCAACUGGAAAGACACGACAACUAUUGAUGCACUGAACAGUUGAAAAGUUGUUUUUUUCCAGGCAAACUGUAUUAUUAAUUUGUCUUAAAAUGUGCCUUUACAGUUGAUAAUCUGCAACCAACUGUUGUAACCCAACUCUGUGAUCAGUGAAGGAAUGUUUCUAGUGCCUCCAUAUAUUGUUGAAGUAAAGGGGAAAAGCUGCUCAAACUAUCAAUGUUAAUAGGAAGAAUAUUGCUAGAGGUUACACACGUUUACAGUGCCUGUGUCAGCUCACCGCUUAUACAGAUUGAUAUACAGUAUCAGCAGUUUGAGACUUACUCUGCUGAAUUGCACUUUGUUUCAGUCAAAAGUGUAAUAGGAUUCUAAAGAUCAAUAUUUCAGUCUCUUUGUAAUUUGUAUUAUUACAAUUAUUUUCCUUUUAGACACUAGAUGCUGAAUGGUACAUAUGUAUUCUGCACAUUUUAUACAAACACUAAAUUAGAAGCCAAAGGAUUUUUGAAACUGAAACACAUGAUCCUCCCGCGGACUCCAGUGAGCUUUUUUAGCAAAGCAGACUGACCUGUUAGCAAGAAAAACGUAGUCUCUUUACACUAGUGACAUCUUCAUAUGUAAAAGUCAGGGCAUAAAACGUGCUCCUCCGCUGAGCCUGUGCUGCACAAUCAAUCUGAAAUAUGUGCUUGUUGGUUCUGACCAGAGGAUCAGCUGUAGAGGUACACUUGAAUCUUUGAAUGUUCACAUAAUUUGCCUGUGCCAAAAUUGUACUUGUGACCAAAUCAAAGGUGUAAAUCAUUUUAAAUGAAUAAAUAUUUCUUUUUGUGAAAGGUUACUCAGGAACAGUGCGUCCUUUGGGAGUCAGUGGGAACAGGCUUUGAUGUGGUUUGUGAGUGACAUCUUGUGUUGACACACGGAAUCUCCAUUUACUGGCUCAAUUAUCACUAUUAAUUCAAUGGUAAUUUUCAAUCAUAGUUAUACAGACUAAAAGAAGGACUUUAUGUAAUCUACAUAAAUUGCAAAAACAAAAAACCAACAACGUAUAGAUAUCAUAUGAGAACAACUUAUUACAUGAAUGUAGGCAAAACCAAAAUUUGCAUCAACAGUUUAAAUUAUGAAGACACAGAACAGUAUUAACAUGUAGGAAAUAAAUUAUGUUAGUGAUACGGAUACUCCAGAUAUAAUAUAUAUAUAUAAUAUCUCUGCACACUUGAACACAAAAUGUAAGCAAACAUCUUCAUCUUUGGUCCGGCCAUCUUGAUGCUUCUGUAAACACAAACACUAUUGGUUUUGUGUUACAUGUGAUAAUUUGUGUUUUGUAAAAGUUAAAGCGAAGGGGUAAAUAGUGUACAUUGUUAUCAUGAAGCAGCUGUCUCACUUCAGUAUGAAUAGCUAAAGAUUAACAAACUCGUUUUAAUAGUAAUGCUGUAGCUAAUUACUUUUUUUGUGGCUAAUUUGCGUGUGUGUGUGUAUUUUCUAUCAAUUAAUGUUAAAUAAUAAAACCCAUUUCAAAUCAAUUCUUA